CGAUGAAGGAGCUUAUAAACGUAAAAGUGAAAGGGAUAUAGCUCAUGCUUCAAAAGCUGUGAAGCCAUAUAUUGUGAUGCUGCCUUUGUUUUUUAGACACAUGGAUCACUUUUCUAAACGUGCAGUGGAUCUUAAUAAGAACUUAGAUAUGAAAUUCAUGACCAAUUUGCCUGUCCAAGAGUCAGCUGACUGUGGGGCUUAUGUUGCUGCUUUUGCUGAAUAUUUCAUUGAUGACAUAGAGCUUCCUUCAUUUCUGGAUAUUGAGCUAUACAGAUCGAGGCUUGCCUUUUUUCUUUAUCAGUAUGGAGUAUCUAAGCUAAAUGGUGAAGUGGAGAGUGAUGGUGAUCAAGUCAAACGCAAGCGCAAGAAGCUGAAGCAUUAGAUAAAUGUAGUCAUGACUAAUAUGUGUAUUGUAAACAUUCCUUGUUAAGUUGAUAUGUUUUUUGUUUUUGGGUAAAUGUAAAAACCGUAUGUUAAUUGCUACCUUUGAACAUCUUUC